AUGGCGGCUGCAGCCCUGGCGGCCACUGCCCUGCUCCUUGCGGGAGCCCUGCUGCCGUCCGCGGGGAAGAACGCCCAGCGAAGACUGAGAAACGGGAGCAGGUGCUACCACCACUCGGAGUGCUACAGCGACUGCUGCCUCGUGGACUGGGACUUCGGGGGGGCCUUCUGCGCGGCCAAGGGCGGCAUGGCCACCGUGUGCCUGCCCCAGACCAACGGAGCCGUCAACAUUAUGUGUCCGUGCCGCACAGGCUUGACCUGCUCUACCAAGGACCUGAUGUGCCCCCACCGGUGCUACCUGAUAUAG